AUGGUCUCCAUCAAAUCUGCCCUCACUCUCGCCCUCUGCGCAGUCUCCGCCGCCACCGCGAACCCCAUCGCCAGCCCCGAUCAGGCCCUCGAGAAGCGCCAGGGCACCACCGACGUCGGCACCGUAACCUGCGGCGACAACAGGUACUCCAAGAAGCAGAUCGACGACGCCGCCGCCGAGGGCUGCCGCCUCUACGCCGCCAACCAGCAGAUCGGCACCAGCCAGUACCCCCACCGCUUCAACAACCGCGAGAACCUCGUCUUUGCCACCUCGGGCCCCUACCAAGAGUUCCCCAUCAUCACCUCUGGAAACUAUACUGGACGGGCGCCCGGAGCCGACCGUAUCGUAUUCGACCCGACUUACCGGGGCAGCUGUGUCUAUGUCGGUGCCAUGACCCACAGCGGCGCAUCAUCGCGCAACGGCUUCAUCACCUGCAACCAGACGAGGUCGUCGUCGCCUUCCGGUAACGGCGCGUCCGCGGCGUCGAGCUACAGGGGCUCCUCUGGGUCGAUCGGUGCCGUCGUGUCUAUUCUGUCGCUCUUGGCACUCACUGCUUAA